AUGGCAGACCCUUACUCCAAUUUCUUCUCACCACCUUUCUUCCACUACCCUUCUCCAAACCCUUCACCCCACCACCAUCCAUAUGCCCACAACUUCAUCAACCAAACCACCACCACCACCACCACCACCAACAUCAACCAGGGAACCUUUUUCCACUUCCACCACCAUCACCACUUUCAAACCACUGCCACUUCUUGUUCUUCUUCACCCCCUUCCCCUCCCUUGAGAGAGGCCCUUCCUCUUCUCACUCUCAGCCCAAAAAAUGAUGAGGAACAAGAGGAGGACUACCAGGAUCAGGGUCAGGUUUGCACUGCCAUGGAUGUGGAAGAGGACUAUAACAGGAACCUCCAUAACCCCAAAGAGGAGGAGCAUGAAGAGGAUGGUGAUGACAGUGUCACUGUUGCACUGCACAUAGGCUUGCCAAGCCCUAGUGCUGCUGAGAUAGCUUCCGUGCUGUCUUCUGCUUGUACCGCAGACAAAGGGCAACAACAAGGAGGAGGAGGAGAUAGUAAUAAUAAUGGGAGUGAGGAUUCUUCUUCAGGGUUCUUGUCCAACAGGCUCAACAAGGGACAGUACUGGAUCCCUACCCCUUCGCAGAUUCUCAUUGGUCCUACACAGUUCUCUUGUCCUGUUUGUUGCAAAACCUUCAACAGAUACAACAACAUGCAGAUGCAUAUGUGGGGGCAUGGAUCACAGUACCGAAAAGGGCCUGAAUCUCUGAGGGGUACCCAACCAACAGGUAUGCUUAGGCUUCCAUGCUAUUGUUGUUCCCCAGGUUGCAGGAACAACAUUGAUCACCCAAGAGCAAAGCCCCUCAAAGAUUUCAGAACUCUUCAAACACACUACAAGAGGAAGCAUGGAAUUAAGCCCUUCAUGUGUAGAAAAUGUGGCAAGGCUUUUGCUGUGAGAGGUGAUUGGAGAACCCAUGAAAAGAACUGUGGGAAGCUUUGGUAUUGCAUAUGUGGCUCUGAUUUCAAGCACAAGAGGUCUCUUAAAGAUCACAUCAAAGCUUUUGGAAGUGGCCAUGCAGCUUAUGGGAUCGAUGGCUUUGAAGAAGAAGAAGAGCCUGCAUCAGAAGUAGAACAAGACAAUGACUAA